AUGUCACCACCAAGGUACACUGUGCUUGUACGGGUACCAAUACCCAGGGGAGACUUUGUUGAUCCUCCUCCUGUGCACUGGGAUUCUUCCAAGGAUGAGGCCCUGUGGAAGAUACUGUCUGGUGCCGCGCAGACCGAGAUUGAUUGGAGUCAAGUCGCUGAACGAUUCCAUGUGCCCGUCGACUUUCUCCUACAACAAGUUGCUUAUUUGACCGAAAGACAUGCAUCGCAGGUUCGAGCCCAGGUUCGAAAGGCUACGGCCGCUGCGAAAGGGUCAUCCGCGCCGUCUCCAGUGCCUGGUUCCGAACCUUCAUCAUCAGUGCAGCAACGAGCCCCAUCUGCCCUGUCAGGACGACGCGAUUCUCCCAUGCCUGGACACGACGGAACAACAAGUGGAACGCCGCUUGCGAUACCUAUCCGUCCAAAUAUAAGUCGAGAUACGUCUACAAAUACGACCAUUCUUAAGGACGCGGCUGGCUCCGCCUCCCCUCGUCAUUGGACGUCCUUCCCAAGCAGAGGCCAGGAACAAGGAGGCAGGAAGAGAUUAUCAUCAUUACCUAUAGCAUCGCCCAAGGCAAAAUCACCUGAACCCCGCCAGGUGGAUCAACGUCGCGAUGAGAAUGCCUCCCCGGGUCCAGCCGAGUCGAGCUCCAACGAGUCGUCUGAUGAUGAGUCUAGCCCCGCACAAUCUCGAAUUAUCCGCCGACCGCCGCGAUUUCAACAACAGCAAGAAGCUACCGAGACUUACCAAGACGAUGGAGAUGAUGAAUCAGAGCCUGCAUUUCGGCCGUAUCAGGCGUCCGAUCAAUCUGGACAAGACAUGGCUUCAACAUUGAGAGGGGAUGGACGGGUUUCCGGCCGACGGAGUCAUAAGAACUCGAGACGAGAUUUUAUCCACCAAUCUCAGACAUCCGAUGAUUCAUCCACAGGCUCCCCUACUGCCUUACAAAAUCCCAAAUCGAAGGACUCCAAACUUCCAGGACCGCUCUCUCCACGACGGACGGCUGAGUUGGCAGGACGUAGUCCCAGUGGCAAAGCCGGAGCUGCCUCUCGUGAAGGCAGCGAUGGCACUCCAAGCAUGGGUAGCAGCUUUAGUGAUUUGGAUGACGCAUCGGUUACCCAGUCGGCCCUUGAAGAAGCUCUUGCGAGCCACAUGAACCGCGGCGCAAGUAGUCGAUACUUUGUAAACGAGCAGGAUGAAGUCCGAUCCAUCAAUAAUCCAGGCCAGUACUUCAACUUCUUCAUCAACAAGAAUGAGCGCAUCAGACAGCGCCAGAGAUUCGAGUUUGACAAUGCUCUGCAGGAUAUUGUCCACGAGCGCCUCCUGGCCGAAGGUGUAGAGAAAAUUGCUCUUCCUCUCGGAACGCCAACGACUCAGCCUCAUGUUCCAGUGUUUGCAACGACCAACCUAGCUUCGAAAUCUAGAAUAGUAUUAUUUAUCGGUGAACCAACGCAGGCUUUAGGCGUGCUAGCGGGCCGAGUUGCUAAUGGUCCUGGGGGAAUCAACAAGGGCUCCAUGGUUUCCGUUGUCCAAGAGCUUCAGAAACAUGCAUCUUCUCCGAAAGAUGCAUCCCCGCCGGGAUUAUUCAUCGCCAAUCCCGGCCAGCUUUACUGGUGGCCAGAAGGCUGUCGCUGCCUCACAGUGACAGCUAGCUCGGCAAUCCCGCUACCGAGUCUUGUUCACAUUGGAAGAAGAUACAUCCCCGAAAUCAACAGCGUGAAAGGGCAUGAAACGCCAAAGGAUCACGUGGAAUCAGUAUUCAGCACACUGCUCGGCAUGAUUGAUGGUAGCCCGAAAGUCAGUUUAAUCGCCAUUGGGCAGAGCUGCGAGAUGGUAACCCAGUUCCUGGACAACCAGGAGAAUUGGGACACCUGGAAGGGCCACCUGGACUCCAUGCUGCUUUUGGGAACUGUUUACCCGGCAGAUGACUUGAAAAACGACAAUCUUCGCAAGUUUCUCGCCAGGCGUACCCGCGCAUACACUACGUCUCCCGAACCUCUGGACACCCCUCUUGCACCACCCUCUGGCAAUGAGGAUGAGCAAAUCCCAGCGUUUGGGUGUCCGUGCUAUUCGUCGUCUGAGCCAUUUUACAUUGAGACGAUUCUCAUACGGGCUCUUACACCGGCACUUGAAUACCUUGAACGUGUCGCUCUAACGCCAGAGUAUGAGAAUGACGAGGUUUUGGUGGCAGAGAGGCCACGAAAGGAAUUUACAGAUGAGGAUUGGGACAGGCUUUCUGAUUCGGAGAAGCCGUUCGUGGGAGCGGUGGAUGAGGAAGCUAUGAAGCGGGAGAUGAAGAUUGCGAAGAGGUGGAGGAAGUUUCGGGAGACGGGAGGAGACCUUGGUACUGAUUCGUCUGAUGAUGAAGACGAAACGUAA